AUGGAUAGGCCUCCUCAAGUUCUUGACCAUUACAUUGGUGUCGAUGUCGGUACGGGCUCAGCUCGUGCCUGUAUCAUUGACGAGACAGGUGACAUCAAGGCAUUGGCCUCUGAGAACAUCAAGCUGUGGCAGCCCGAGGUCGGCUACUACGAGCAAUCUACCACAGACAUCUGGCAAUGUAUCUGCGAGUGUGUUCGCCGAGUCGUCAGCGAGUCGGCCGUCGACCCUACCAAGAUCAAGGGCAUUGGCUUUGACGCCACCUGCUCCCUCGCUGUCUUCACCCAUGAUACCGAUGAGCCGCUGCCUGUCACAGGGCCUGACUUUGCCAACGAUGGCAACGACCGGAACGUCAUUCUUUGGCUCGACCAUCGACCUGUUGAAGAGACCGAGAAGAUCAACAAUACCAAGCACAAGCUCCUCAAGUAUGUUGGCGGCAAGAUGAGCAUCGAGAUGGAGAUGCCCAAGGUGCUCUGGCUCAAGAACCACAUGCCACCCGAGGUCUUUGAGCGCGCCAAGUUUUAUGAUCUUGCUGAUGCUCUCACACACUUGGCCACCGGCAACGAGACUCGCAGCUACUGCAGCGUUGUCUGUAAGCAGGGCUAUGUCCCCGUCGGCGUCGACGGCAGCGUCAAGGGCUGGCAAGAGGACUUUUACCACGAGAUUGGUCUCGGAGACCUUACCAAGGAUGACUUUAAGCAGAUGGGUGGCGUCAACGGGGUGAACGGAUCGUAUGUCAGCGCCGGUGAGCCUGUUGGCACUCUGAGCCGACAAGCAGCCUACCAGCUUGGUCUCCCCAUGGGCAUCCCCGUUGGAAGCGGCGUCAUUGACGCCUAUGCUGGCUGGAUCGGAACUGUCGGAGCCAAGGUCGAGCUUGGUGACGAUGAGCUCAACGCCGAGGUGCCCCACAACGAUCUUUCUCAGGCCUUUACCCGUCUCGCCGCUGUUGCCGGUACUUCGACUUGCCACUUGGCUCUGUCCAAGGAGCCUGUGUUUGUGCCCGGCGUGUGGGGACCUUACCGCGAUGUUCUCCUCCCCGAGUACUGGAUGGCUGAGGGUGGUCAGUCUGCUACUGGCGAGCUGCUUCGACAUAUGCUCGACAUCCACCCCGCUUACAAUGAGACAUGCGCCCUGGCCAAGGCUGAGGACAAGCACAUUUACGACUUCCUCAACAACCACCUUGAGCUGAUGGUUGAGAACACAAACGCGCCCUCCGUGUCCUACUUGGGACGUCAUCACUUCUUCUAUGGUGAUCUGUGGGGCAACCGAUCCCCCAUUGCCGAUCCCAACAUGAAGGGCUGCAUGAUCGGCCUGGACAGCGACAAGAGCACUGACAACAUGGCGUUGUGGUACUAUGCCACUAUGGAGUUCAUUGCCAUGCAGACGCGUCAGAUCAUUGAGCAGAUGAACAAGGCCGGUCACGAGAUCUCGUCCAUCUUCAUGUCGGGAUCUCAGUGCCAGAACCCCAUUCUCAUGUCUCUUCUGGCCACCACCUGCGGCAUGCCCGUCUUGAUCCCGCGUUAUGUCAACGCUGCUGUGGUUCACGGUGCUGCCAUGCUCGGUGCCAAGGCUGCCAGUCACAGCAAGGAGGAUGGUAGUGAGCCCGAGACGCUUUGGAGCAUCAUGGACAGGAUGAGCAAGCGAGGCCGUCUCGUGGAGCCCCAGUCGGACCCUGGAGAGAAGGCUCUUCUCGAUGCCAAGUACGAGGUCUUCCUGGACAUGUGCAGAACUCAGCAAGAAUACCGAAGCAAGGUCGACAAGGCUGUUGCCCAGUGGGGUGCUGAAUUUGGUGCCUAA